ACAAACAAAACAAAGGGCUCCCUCUCCUCGCUGCAGUUGUUAGUAGAGCGUUACAGUAUGGCGAACUUUAACCACUUGUUGCUUGUUGCAUCUCUGUUGCAGCUGGCACUGAGCUACCCUUUCAUCCCACCGACGUGCUACACCAAGGUGCUGAACAUGGCACAGGAAGCCACCCUGUGGGCGGCACAUCUGAAGUGGAACCCUCAGACUAGUUCCUGCAUGGCACACAUGCCACAUCUCUACAUUGAUGUCCAUAAUGGCUGUGUGAUGUACAAAAUAAGGACCUACAUCUCCCUGGUGGAAGGCCUGCGACAGCGACGCUGCGCCUACACCAGGGACAUGUGGAGGCUCGGCUCCACUCUGAGGCAGCUCUUCAUCUUCAUGUCGGAGAAAUGCCACGGGGAGUUGGCGUUCACGAGCUUUGACUGUGCUGCACUUGAGCAUUAACACGCAGGCAAACCUGAAAAUGACAUAAUCAGGAUCGUGAUACAGUCUGGAAUCAUUUGGAGACAUUUCAUAUAAUAAAGUAAAUCAAAAAUG